GCUCAGCAACAUGUUCGCCUUCAAGGGUUCCUACCAAGCGGAGGUGACCGUCGGCGAGAACGAGGCGGGCGAGAGCGCGAUCAGGCGCUUCCGCCGCGCGGUGAUGAACUCCGGACACAUCAACGAGACGCGUCGCCGCCGGUACUUUGAAAACCCGCAGGACAUCAAGAAGCGCAAGCAGUCGACGCCGCGCAAGAAGAAGGGGGCGAAGCCGCGCACGGCCGCGCAGGCGCUCGCGGAGAAGGAGCAAGCGGCGAUGAACCCUCGGGAGCGCCGCGGGGGGUUCGGCAACGCGAACAACGGCGGCGAAGGACGCCGUUGA